UUACAAAAACAGCUGUUGAUUUGUAAAUAUAGCGAUUUAGCGAAUAGUUUUGUAUUUAUAAAAUAACAUAAAUAUAACAACAUAAAAGUAUAUUCAAUGUGUGGAAUACUAUUUGAACUGCUUUACAAUGGACGGAGUAUACUACAUGAUGAGAAAGUGUUACAAAGAAUAAAAAACAGAGGUCCCGAUUGCAGUCAUGUGGUUGAGCUGGAUAUUGGUAGUAGUGUUAAGGCUACGUUUUGUGGAGCUGUGUUGUGGAUGCAGGGGCCACAUGUUACUCCACAGCCGGUUCAAAAUGAUCGGGGAAUUCUUCUGUACAAUGGUGACAUCUUCGACGAAACUUGGGACAGAAGUGUUAGUGAUACACAGGAAAUAAUGCUGAGAUUAAGCACCAGAAAGGAUGACCUCCAAAUUGUAAAGGAACUAAAAACAUUCAAGGGUCCAUUUAGUAUCAUUUAUUACAAUAAAGUUGAUAACAAUUUAUUCUUCACAAGAGAUAGAAUUGGCCGAAACACACUGUUGUUCCACAAAGAUGCAGACUCAAUUUUAAUUAGCAGUGUUUUAGGUAGGCAAUACAAAUGUGUAGAAAUACCAGCAACACACAUUCAAGUUUUGAAUUUGGAAACUAAACAAAUGACUCUUCAUCCAUGGGUGGAUGGGGGCAAAGUUGAAGAGUUUGCAGUAGAAGACUGGCUGGAAAAGCUACAGAAACAGUCAAGUCUACCUGAUGAGGAAGUUGUAUUUGAACUUAAGGAGCUAGAAACUCUAGAAGAUACAGAUGGCAUAAUAAACUACAUAGAAAAUAUUGUUCAAGAGACAAAAUGUACUGUAAAAAUUAUGCAAAAUCUUUUAGAGCAGGAUCACAUAAAGAAAACUGUCUCCAAUAUUAUAGAGUUACUAGAGAAAAGUGUGAAAAUUCGCCUGAACACACAACCUAACAAAUGUAAACAUUGUUUACACGAACAAAACCCCUGUACUCACUGUACUAUUGGAGUACUAUUUUCUGGAGGUCUAGACUGCACUAUAUUGGCUUUCUUAGCAGACAAAUAUGUGCAUAAGGACCAAAGUAUAGAACUUCUAAAUGUUGCCUUUAAAAAAGAAGAGAAUGGAACUUAUGAUGUGCCAGAUAGAUUGACUGGAAGACAGUCCUUUGAAGAACUGAAGAAAUUAUGCCCUGGAAGGAAAUGGGUAUUCAGAGAAAUCAAUGUACCGAAAGAAGAACUAGAAGGAUACCAAAAGUCCAUUAUAGCAGAUCUUCUUUAUCCAAGGCAAACUAUUCUGGAUGAGUCCCUCGGAUCUGCACUGUGGUUUGCUGCUCGAGGCCAGGAUGGUGAUUAUACUUGUCCUUGCAGGGUGUUAUUACUAGGGUCUGGGGCAGACGAGUUAUUUGGAGGGUAUCUAAGACACAGAAAUGCGUAUAAACGUCAUGGUUGGCAAGGCCUUAACAAGGAGUUGCAUUGGGAUUGGAAGAGGAUAUCAUUCAGGAAUCUUGCUAGGGAUAGCAGAGUCAUCUGCGACCAUAGCAGACAGCCUCGAAUGCCAUAUUUAGACGAGGAUUUUUCGAAUUUCGUGUUAAAUCUGAAGCCUUGGCUCAAGUGCUUUCCAGUUGAAUCUUUGGGACCAGGAAUAGGAGACAAAUUAAUGCUGAGACUUGUAGCAUUCAGUAUAGGAUUGUCAGAUGUUGUGACAUUCCCCAAAAGAGCUCUGCAGUUUGGGUCAAGGAUAGCCAACAAGAAAGAAAAGAGUAGUGACUUAUCUAAGCUAUUUAUAGAUGUAAAAUUAAAAGACUAGAUAUAAUAUAAUUUGUACUAUAAAAUU